AAAUUAAAUUUCACCUGGUGCUCACCGCAGCCGCAGCCACGCUGGGCCGGCUUCUACUACGCCAACAAAGAGACAGUGUCGUGUAGGUGUGCUGCUGCUCUAUAUAGAAAUAACAGCUUCCGUGAGAACGAGAAGAAUACGAAAGGAUUUGUUUUUGUGAAUGAAGAAAUUGUCAUUGGAUUUUUUUGGAUACAAGCUGAGCAUGUUUUCCCGAUUCUGUAAGAAUAGUAUCUUCCCGAGUGGAACAACAACAUCGUCUAGUAGUUCAACGUCGGUGACAGCAUCUUCCUCGCCCUCGUCGUCGUCGUCAUCGUCGUCGCCAACUUCAAAUCCUGCGCCGGCGGCAGUCGCUGGAUCAUCGAGUACGACGACAAGCUGCUCCCGACGGCACCUGAACCUUCCGCUGCCGGUGCUUCCACCGAGAUCUACGGUUCAGAUAAGACCAGAACCUCCUCCACCAUACUGGGCCCACUACCGACAUCGACCCGUUGUUCCGGCACCGGCAGCCGUCGUAGUUACCCCACCAGUUCCAGCAACUGGUUACACGACCAGUACCAGCAACACCAGCAACAGCAGCAGCAGCCACAGUAGCAGUUCCUCCACGGAAAGUGAGGGCGCCACAGCUGCGGCCAAUAAUGUGCUGCGAGUUUCAUCGUCACCAGCGGCGGUGCAAACCUAUCGACGAGCCGGUGCCUUGGAACGCAUCCCAGGAGGGCCAGCGCGACAUCCGCGGUACAACAUUGCCCAUCAACCCCCACGUCAGCGGAUCAAAGAGCACUUGUUGAGUCAAGAUGCAUUUUGUCCGGAUUUGGUACGUAAUUGCAAAAUCACCGCACAAUCCGGACGAAACUCCCCCGAACCUGAACCUGUGCCUAGCACCAGCAACGAUCAAGACGUGUACGUAGAAAUAGAGGAACUGCACCAAAGCCUAUCAUCCGCUCACAUUGUGACCAAACCCAAUGCAGCAAGCACAUCCGGGACACCCUGUGAAACAGAUAGUCAAAACGCUCCGACCACGACGACCGUUUGUGAUAUGGGUCAAAGUCUGAGUAUCCGAAGGCCGAAGAUAUCACUCACAUGGGUCCUACGUGAACAGUCUCAACAACAGCAACAGCAACAACAAUAUUCCCAGAACCAUCAGAAAGCGACAAGUCAACCGAAUGGUAAUCUUCAUCAUCAACAUCAGCAGCAACAGCAUCAUAACCACGUGACACAUUCGCGCCGAGCUUCACCUGUGAAGGCAAUCAACAGCAACAACGGUACUGCACCUGUUCAUCAAGUAAAUACUACAACCGGUAGCCACGUCCCUGUCAGAAAGAAAUCCCGCACACGCAGUAAAGAGCGCCUAUUCAGUGAAAAAUACGUUAGCGAUAACAAUCUGACAGAGUAUCACAAUGGAAAACUAAAAGCCACUGUGCUGAAUGGAUCCUCGGGGCCUACGUCCAGUGAGUUGAAUGGUAACAAUCACCACAAUGGCAUUUAUCGCAAAAGCAAUCGAAGCUCUCGAAAGAACAGUGAUCGCCUCAAGAAAAAGGAACGUUCCCUGAUCUACCCAAGUCUGGUUCAAAGUGAAACCGUUGACGUUCUGCUCAACAAUAACAAUAAUAAUAAUAAUAACAGUAUUAUCAUCAAUCUCAACCAGGAAGACCAGCUGCAGAAAGAGAAAACUGCACUCUGUCUGAAAAACACUUACUCGGAACCUUCCCUGUAUACCACCGUUUCGGAGCCGUCUGCAUCGAAGAAACAUCGACACAGACGCCGUAGGGAACGCUACCGUUCGCAGCGGUUCGGGUACGAGAUCCAAAAUGUCGACGAGUUUCUAUCAAAGUGUUCACUUUCAUCGCCCGGCAACAUCCCGGUGGUACUAUCAUUGGCGGCCACCCUCUACCAGACUCGCCCUGGCAGCUAUCAGAUCGAAAUCCCACUACCACUGGGGAUGGUCGUCAAUGCCGUGUUCAAAAACCAAAACUGGCUCUACGUGCAGACACCGCACGCCGAGGAGGGAUAUGUGGCGUACGAGACGUGCCUGCCGCUGGGUAUCCUGCCACCAAACCAAAGAUCAAGCUCAACUUCCAAGCCGACGCCCUGCUGGGAAUCGAACAAAGAUGUCUUUCCUCGCCCGAGUGGCAACCUGACCGAUAGUGAAAAGGAAAUUCAACAGCUUCGAGGUGGCACCCGGUCCGAGGGUCGCCGAACACCACGAUUGAAACGGGGCGGCACUAACAGCCGCAGUAUUACGUCAAUCACCUGCAGCAGCGAGAAGAAUCUGGACUCGUUGUACCUCCGGGUGGCCAACCAACCCAAAUCGCUUGACUCACAGACUCAAUUUGCUCAACUUAAGCUUACGACCAAGGUGCUCAGUGGGACUGGUAAACUGGAGAAAACGGCCGGCAUCGUGGAUAACCUGGAAAAGUCUGCCACGGCUAACGGAGAUUAUAUUCAGCUGCAGAAGCAGCAUCAACCACAGAAUCAUUUCCAUCACCACCAUCAUCAUCACAAAAUGCUGGUGAAAAGUGGAAGUGGAGGAAGUGGCUCGGCAAGCAGUGUCAUCAACGGCGGACAUUACCAUAAGACUGUAAACAAUAUUAGUUGUAGUAGUACUAACAAUAGUAACGGUGGCAACAAUAAUAACACUAAGAUAGUCAGCAACAGUAAUAAUAAUAAUAAUAAUAAUAAUAAUAAUAAUAAUAAUAAUAAUAAUCUACGCUCGGCGGCUGCCGUCCGGCAAACUCUGUUGGCAAUAACCGACAACUACUGCUCGGAAUCCGUCAUUGUGCAGAAAGGUGACGUGGUCACGUUGCUUGCGUGCAAGGAGUACCAAGAGAAGGGACUCAAGAAUGUGAAACAGUGGUUUUUCGUUCGAACUCGUGACGGACAUGAGGGGUAUAUUCCGGCGGAAGCCGCAGGGCACGGAUUUCUCUAGGAUUAUAGAAGAAUGAAAAAUUGUUUGGCUUAAGUUUCUUACGUAGUACGAGUUGCGAAUAAGUUGUAUAAAUUAAUAUUUGAUGUUCAAGUGCUGUAAGUUAGUGAUGGCCUUAGCAGUUAUUUGUUCAAAACCAAAUGGUAUUUA